AUGGCAGCAGUGGAGGCAGUUCAAGUGACCUGCGACAUCCUUCUCAAGCCCUACUAUUCGCCUUCUUCCCCACCCCAUGUUCUCCACAACGCUGAGUUCCCCCUUACGCCCUUCGACGUGGCCAACUACAACUGCCAUGUCUGCAUCCUCUACGCCUUCCGGCCGCCGAUGCCCGAUAACGCCGCCCUGCGGGAGGGACUCACACGAGCCCUCGCUUACUUCCCUCACCUUGCCGGAAGGUUCCACCCUGACGAGUACGGAUAUCCGAAAGUCGUUCUAAACGACGCCGGCAUCCGCCUCAAGGAGGCCAUCGCGCCGUCCACCCUGGAGGAACACCUCCCCUUCGACCCCUCCGCGGGCUUUUUAACGUUGCAUCCACACCCAGCUGAGGGGUUGGAGGUGCUCCUCCAGGUUCAGCUCACCCGCUUCUCCUGCGGCGGUCUCACUCUGGGCCUCACCUCCCACCACCGCAUAGGCGACGGCUCCUCCAUUUGCCAUUUCUUGUUCACCUGGGCCAAACUGGUACAGGGCCGUGACGUCGGGACUCUUCCUUUCUUCGGAUGGAGCUCCGUCUGUGCUCCUAGGAACCCGGCUAGGGUGGAGUUUGACCACCUCGGCACGGAGUUCAGGCGCAAGAGUGGAGCCACCCGGCCUGGGGGGGAUGUCGGAGUCAACCUGUCCAAGAUGUGUAACCAGUCCUUCCACUUCUCCAAGGAGUUCAUCGGCAAGCUCAAGGACAUGGUCAAUGGUGGCGACCCCAGCCGUCGAGUGAGCACGUUCUUGAGCGUCCUCACCCACAUGUGGAAGAAGACGACCUUUGCGCGCAGGCUUCCUGACGACGAGAUGACCCAGGUCAGACUUGUUGUCAACGGCCGGCAGAGGAUUAGGCCCUUCGUGCCGCCGGAGUACUUCGGCAACCUUGUGCUCUGGGCCUAUCCAAAACUCACGGCCGGAGAGGUACUCCGGGCGAGCUACUCCCACGUGGCACAGGUGAUCCGCGAGGCAGUGAACAAGGUGGACGACAGCUACUUCAAGUCGUUCAUCGACUUCGGGGAGCAACUUAAAGGGGAGGGAGGCGCAGAGAUUGCCGCGACCAUGCCUGUGGUGGGUGACUUUCUAAACCCCGGCAUCGAGUUCAAUAGCUGGUUGAGCCUCCAAUUCCAUGAGUUGGAUUUCGGCGGCGGACUCCCAGCCGCCUUUUUCCCGCCAGGGCUCCCGGUGGAGGGGCUAAUGAUCCUUGUUCCAUCAUGCGGAGAAGGCGGCGGCGUUGACGUGUAUCUCGCUCUGGAGAAGAGCCAUGCAGCCAUCAUGAGCCAGGUCGUCCAUUCCCUCGUCUAA